AUGUUGUUGCAGCCCAUCGCUCAGGUCGCUGCCGUCGCCGCGGCUCUCCUCGCCCCGCUCGCCGACGCGGCCGCCGCCCACCCGGCAUCCGUCUUUGCCUUCCCCAAGACCGGCGCCGCUAACCAGCACGACAUCCCUUCCCUCCGCCCCGCUGAGGCCCGUCUUGUCUUUGCCGAGCGUCUCGGUGUCUCGCGUUUCCAUAAGCUUGGAUAUCAGGGCCAAGACAUGAAGGUCCUCGAGCUCGACCGCUUCAGCGGCGAGCACACCGGCCUCUGGAAAGACAAGAGCGAGAACGUCGUCGUCAUCGUCUCCGGUGUGAGCAACACCAAGGACGUCUUCGUCGAGUCCCGCCCGGCCUUCUUCAUCGCCGACACCCCCGACGCCGACUCCUUCUCCACCCUUGCCAACGGCUUCAUCAAGGAGGCCCAGCAGCUUAUCGGCGACCUCGGCGUCCGCGUCUUUGGCUCGUCCGAGGAGUCCUUCAUCACCGUCGUCCCCGACAUGGACCUCUGUGUCCAGGGCCACCAGGAGUCCAUCUCGCGCUCCCAGUGCGCUGCCGCUGCCGACGCUGACCUCACCAAGGACUUCACUCACGUCUUUGGCGAGGAGUUUGGCGCCGUCUUUGACGCCGACUCCUCCGUCGACGCUGCCUUCAUGGACGAGGCUCUCGCCAUGAACUCCUUCAUCGAGGGAUUCUCCCAGGCCGUCCGGUCCGACAACCAGCUCGCGGUCUUGUUCUUCAACGGCUUGAACUCCGUCAUGCUCAAGUACGGCACCGACUCGAUGCAGUACCAGGUCGGCUCUGCUCUCUUCGCCAAGCUUCUCCAGAAGCUCGCGCUCGAGACCUCGCCCUCGACCCCCAUCACCGCCGUCCUCCUCCCCGGUGGCGAGAAGCAGCAGGUUUCGUCCAAGAAGGCCAAGCGCUCGCUCGAGGCCCGCGCCUUUGGCGACCAGCACUCCUCGCCCGCUCUCUCCGUCGGCAUCCUCGCCGAGGCCGACUCGUACACCACCCAGGAGGAGUGCGAGAUCAUGACCAACUACUGCUCCGGCGGCCACGGCUACUGCAUGGAGAUGUACGGCCAGGAGGGAUACUUUGGCUGCCAGUGCAUCUCGACCUACGACGAGACCACCCGUCAACGAACGUACUGGGCCGGUGACUACUGCCAGAAGUACGACGUCAGCGUCCCCUUCAACAUCUUCUUCUGGGGUCUCAUCCUCUCCCUCUUGUUUGUCGGAUUCAUGAUCAAGGCUAUGGUCUCCAUGGGCGCCGAGGAGCUUCCUGCCGUCCUGGCCGCCGCCACCAUGGUCCAGACCAAGGCCUAA